AGAAAGUCUUUCAAAACUUUUCAUGUAUCAAUUGAUUUGCUUUUUCCGAUAAAUGAUUAACACAUUUGAAUUGAAUCCAUUUGCAAAUUAUUCAACAAAUUAUUUAAUAGUGGCAUUACUCAGCAUUUCACCAAUAAAAGUAACAUAAACUAAUGCUCGUAAUUAAAAGGUGCAAAAUAAAUAAAUAAAAAUACAAAGAUGAGAGCUUGAGGUUUCAGAAAUUAAGAACCAUCCAUCACAUGCAAGCAAGAGGGUUGGUUGUUUUGGACUGUGGAGAGCAAAAUCAGCAACGUCCAUAACUUGAGUAUUGUAACGGCGAGAUAACCAAUACAGAUCUGUGUGUAUAUAUUAUUUAGGUUACGCCAUUCAUAAACUAGGUUUUGAUUGAUAUAUAUAUAUAUAUAUAUAUAUAUAUAUAUAUAUAUAUAAUUGCGAUAAGCCAUUGAUAAACUAGGUGUUGGGUUGAUAUUGUUUCGAUCGCCUUUUGCAUCGAAAACUACGGAAAUGUUAGGAUUACGAUUCCUAAGAUGUCCUUUAUCUUCGUCUCUGCCCUCAAACCUCCCCUCUACAAAACCCACAAUAACUCAUCCACUGAUCUCUGUCUCUGUCUGUGUCUCGAGAACGUCAAAUUCGAAGCUCAGGUCGCAAUCGCAAAUGGGGUUUUGUACGACGACGUCGCCGAAGCUCUUAUUUCGCCAGCUCUUCGAGAAGGACUCCUCUACCUUUACUUACCUUCUCGCCGAUACCUCUCAUCCUGAAAAACCCGCUCUGCUGGUUGACCCAGUGGACAAGACAGUGGAUAGGGAUCUUUCUCUUGUUAAAGAUCUGGGGUUGAAGCUUAUAUAUGCUAUAAAUACUCAUGUACAUGCUGAUCAUGUUACUGGAACCGGCCUUAUGAAGAGCAAGUUUCCUGGUGUUAAAUCUAUCAUUUCCAAAGCAAGCAAUGCAAAAGCUGAUCUCUUUGUUGAACCUGGUGAUGAAAUCUAUUUUGGUGAUCUCUUUUUGGAGGUUCGUGCUACACCAGGUCAUACCUUAGGUUGUGUUACCUAUGUUACAGGAGAUGGACCUGAACAGCCUCAACCAAGGAUGGCUUUCACGGGUGAUGCCCUAUUAAUACGUGGAUGUGGGAGGACAGAUUUUCAGGGUGGAAGUUCACAACAGCUGUAUAAAUCAGUGCAUUCACAGAUCUUUACACUACCAAAGGACACUUUAGUGUAUCCUGCUCACGACUACAAAGGUUUCACUGUUAGUACUGUGGGAGAGGAAAUGCUCUAUAACCCUCGUUUGACAAAAGAUGAGGAAACAUUCAAGAACAUCAUGGAAAAUUUAAACCUAUCAUAUCCAAAGAUGAUAGACAUAGCGGUUCCCGCAAAUAUGGUCUGUGGGUUGCAAGAUUUAAAUGCCAAAGCCUGUGUGCUCUGAGUAUAGGUCCGUACAUAGCUGGUUAUGGUAGUUGAUGUCAAUGUUAAUCGAGACCAGAUCUCUAUGCAUAAUAAAUUGAUGAAUGUGGCCUUUAGGUGUCAAAACUUUUAAUAAAUGGCCGGGGUUGUUGGGAUGAUCCACUGUUUCUAUGUGCUCUUGUUUUGCUACUCUUUUAUGUUGGCAUGCAGAAUGCAGAAUUCAAAUGGACUCAACAUGGUAACAAAAUUAUUCAUAAGAGAUGAAUAUUAAAGUGGUAUUAAUAUCAGGUCAUUAUGGGAAAGCAUUUGCAUUUGCCUCAACAAUGUAGGUUCUAAAUUAGAAGAUGAUAGCAGCACUCCAUAACGCUUCUUCAUUGUCUCGACUCUUCUGCCCCCAACAAGGUAAUGUGAUGGAUUUCAUGUUGAAUUUUAGAGAGUACUUAGGAAGAUUAUGGAUUCGUAUGUUAUGGGAAUUGAACUAGUUGUUUGUCUUGCCAAUGUUAGACAUGUAUUAUACUCGAACUACCUAGUUUCGAGUGUGUUGCGUUUUAUUAUGAAGUAGAAUGAUUGUAAUUUGUAGCCUUAUAAUGUGGGAGACUGCUAUAAUAUACACACUGUAUGGGUAACAUGGAAAAUGUACUGUUGACAUUAUUGUCUCCUGAAUUAAUAAAAUCGUAUAGCAUUGCUUUCCUUAA